AAAUGGCCUGGUAGAUUACAAAAAUUAGUUAAAUCAUGACAACCAACAACACAAUACCUGGAAGGAGAAGAUUACUGAAAGACUUCUACAGAAGCGUAAUUUUAUCAGAGAAGUGUGCUGUGACGUUUCUUCGCGAACACGGACUUCUUGACGAAGCAGAUGAUAAUCAACCUUGCCAUCGUUGUGGAAGUGUCAUGCAACAGAAGACACGAAGCGAUCGAGGUAAAGAAGCAAGGCUAGUUCUGCGUUGUCCUCGCAAAGGCUGCCAAGUAACACGGUCCGUUCGAACGGGUAAUGAAUAUUUUCACAAUUUUUACACCGAUCUCAACGACAGGGUCAGUUCGAAGCUGUCCCUAUGCGGUAUGUUGGAAAUAAUGUUUUUCUUCGUGGAAGAUAUUCCAUUAACCACGACAGUUCAGCUAACGGGGAAGGCAACGGAUACUGUAACCGAAUGGUACAACAUGUUCCGAGAAAUUUGUGCAGCCAUCGUGUCGAGUAGAGACUUGAUGGUAGGAACAAUCGAGAGCCCCAUUCAAAUUGAUGAAACGAGAUUCGAUGGUUACCGAAAAUACAAAAGAAAACGUAAGUCAGAAGAUGGUACUGGAGAAUCGGAGGAUAGCGAUGAUAAAGAGGAAAACCAUCGGAAUCACGGAGAACGGAUCGAUGGUCCUUGGUUGUUCGGGUUGAAAAAUCGGACAGACUGUCGUUAUUUUUUCGUCGAGCGAAGAGACGAGGAGACUUUGGUCCCUAUUAUCCAAAUGGAAGUUGCAUCAGGUUCCGUCAUAAAUUCUGAUGAAUCACCUGCUUAUGCAAACCUAAAUGAACUGGGUUUCGAACAUUGGACCACCACAACAGUGAACCACCAAAGACACUUUAUGGAUCCUGUAUCAGAAACGCACACACAGAGGAACGAGCGGUCGGCGUUAGAUGCAAAGAUUAUCAUGAAGAAAAUGCGUGGAGUACCGCGUCAAGAUCUUCAGUCUCAUUUGAACGAGUACUGCUGGAGGAUUCUGCGGAAAGAUGAAGAGGACCUGUUUCUCACAUUUUUAAGUGACGUCAAACAGGGUUUAGUACAAGCCUUGCAACAGCAUCAACAGAUACUUUCACAAGCUCCAAUACCUCACAAAGGAAGAAUGCCCCGUGCUAAGGCUGACGCUAGGCCCAGAGGCCGCAUGACUGCUUAUGCUUUCUUUGUACAAACAUGCAGAGAAGAGCACAAAAAGAAACAUCCCGAAGAGAACGUCGUCUUCGCUGAAUUCUCGAAGAAAUGCGCCGAAAGGUGGAAGACCAUGUUGGACAAGGAAAAGAAACGUUUCCACGAAAUGGCUGAAAACGACAAGAAACGUUACGACACCGAAAUGCAGAGCUACACUCCUCCCAAGGGAGAGAAGCAACGCGGCAAAAAGAGGAAGCAAAUAAAAGAUCCCAACGCACCCAAACGGUCUUUAUCUGCUUUCUUCUGGUUCAGCAAUGAUGAACGCGGUAAAGUUAAGGCUCAAAAUCCUGAAUAUGGUGUUGGAGACAUUGCCAAAGAAUUGGGUAGAAGGUGGGCUGAAGCAGAUCAAGAGGCCAAGGGCAAAUAUGAGGCUUUGGCUGAUAAAGACAAAGCCAGAUAUGAAAAAGAAAUGACUGCAUAUAAAAAGAAGAACAAUCCCGCCUUGCAACAAGUGGGACACCCAGUACCUGAGGAAGACGUAGAUGAAGAAGAUGAGGAGGUAGAUGAAGAUGAAGACGAGUAAACCUGUAAGAUAACCUCUCUCGUUUUAAGUCGCCUUCUCAUUCCUCUAUUGUAAAUAUACAUGUUAGCAAGUGUAUUAAUCAAGUUCUCAUUUUUUAUUUUUUACCCGAAACGAAAAUGUGUGUACUUACAAAACUGACAGUGUGUGAGUGACCGACAGAUAUCCGCCUUUCAUUCAUAUUUUUUUAUUUUUUUAAUCUGUCAUAUCCUCAAGGGCAUUAGCUUACAUUGUAAUAAACUGAUGUGUAACGGAUACUUUUUUGUAAUUUGUAAAAAAAGCAACUAGACCACUGACUUGUAUUUUAACAUUUAUUAACGACUGAACUCAAGACGGGUUAAUUUUGCUGCUGUUGUGAGCAAAUGUCCUAAAUACAUCUCAUCCAACAAUUUCCAUUUUAUUUUUUUAACGAAAUAAUACAAGAAUGUGUGUAGUGUAUUUUUUAUGAUUCGACAUGGAAUUUUCUUCCUCAGCACUGUCGUUAUUCAAAGGAUAGUGCAAAGGGUAUUCCCGAAUGGGGCUUCGUUAUAAUUCAGUUGGUGUUAGCUCUUUCGGAGGCCCUGUAGUUCGUAAACAAAAAUUUUUCUGUUGGGGUUGCAAAUUGACAUCAGUUCUGUUUGAAUUAGUUUUAGUUUUAACACUUUUGUAUCAAAAAAGACAAUAAAAUUUGACAUACAAUAAAUGGGGCUGAGCGAAGAAGUUCAGGUUUAUUUGUAAGCGAUUGAAACUUUCACCCGCUUGGAUUAAUAUAACAAAAAGUGUAACCAUGUUGAUUUUGCCAUAAUUUUAAUAUAGUUAAAAAGACUACCGUACCCUUUUUGCAGGAAUCGUUUUUCCAAGGGUGAAUUUUGACAAUCCAUUAUUCAUUAAAAUAAUUAAUAAAUUCAAAUCUUUGAUCAAAGUCGUUUGCAAUUUCAAUUUUUCUUUUAUAUUUUGUAGUAUCUGUAUCCUCCAGUUAUUUAUUUAUAAAAAACUGUUCUUUUAAGUUGUAUCACUUUUAGUGUAAUGUACUCUCUUCAUUAAAUAAAAAACAAAAGAAAUUGUUCCCCCUACGGUAUUUGCAGAGCAGAAUGUGUUUUUGUUUUCACUAUAAGAAUGUUCAUACCAAAGUUCUGGGAAUGAUCGCUGGAGCUCAUUUUGGCAUAAUCGUUUCCAUGAUUUGUUUAUAGUAUGUUCAAAGUGGACAAUAUUUUUAAGAUGGAUAUUCUUUGUAUAGAAUUUGUUGAUUUAAAGACAGAAAUGGGUUUAUGAGGGUAUAAAACAAUGGAUCAUCAAUCAUAGAUACACAAUCUAGAAUCUAAGGAAAUACAAUUUUUUGGCACAAGAUCAGCCACUACUUGUUGUGUAUUGUUCUUGUAAUAAUUUUUAUUAUGUGUUUCCCCAUUAGGGAUCAUUGUGUUGAUCGUGGCAUUAAAGUGUUCAGCUAAAAAUAUGGUCCAUUUCAAUGUAGGUGAAAUUAUCCACAGUAUUAUGACAACCAAUACGUACCCUCUAAUAUAUUCUUUGUUACAUUUAGAAGUACAAUGAUAAACUGUGAUUUUACAAUAAAAAUGAUAUAUUAGAUGGUUUCCGUUAGUACACAAUUUAUAAUUUCGCUUACAUUACACCCACAAACCACUUCCACUAACAGUUUUUUCUAUAAAAUUGUUAACUACGUUUGACACUUUACUCCUGUCAAAACUGGUGUACCAUAUUUACAACAAAUAUAUUAACUACUUAUUAGUUGUACUUCAUUGUAUUUUUAAUGUUAAUAUUUAAAUUUGUGUGUUCAUUAAAUGGACUUGAGGUUUCAUCCUUCAUCAGAUUGCUCUGUGUUAUUUUAGGGAGAAGGAAAUAGAAAGCAAUGUUUGUUUUUUAUAUCUGAUAGGAAUAAUAAAAAAAUAAUAAAAUUUUCAAUAAAA